GUUGUUCUUUCUAGCAUUCUUAGAGCUGCAUGCACCUUACAGAAGAAGAAAAGAAAUGAGCUGAAGAAAUGAGCAUGAAAAGACAUUGAAACAAAGAAAUAGACACAGGGAUAAACACACAACAGUAACAACUGGCUGGGAAGGUGAGGCAAUUCAGGUUAUCAGGGUUUCUCAAGGACUUCAACAAUGAAGCUCCGCUCAGGCCGCCAAAAGCCAUACGAAGUGCCUGUCUCUGCAAGACAACUGGCUAGAAGGAAACCUCCGCAGUGCAAUAGAGCACCAGCUUCUGGAACAUCAGUGUUUAGUCUGCGAAAAACAGUAAAGUGCUAUUUACUGACUGAAGAUUCAAAAACAGUGCAUUUUGACUUAGAUGAAGAUGGUCAUCAUGAAAUAUCAACCAAAGAUUCACAGUCCCAUGAAGAUAUCGCAUGGUUAAGCAUAUUCACAAGCAAUGAACCAGCAGUUAGGGCGAAAACGUGGUCUAAAACUGUGGUGGUCCUCACACAGAGAUCAAAGCAUAACGAAUUUGUCCUGUUGUGCAAGGGUAAAAAGCAGCUCUGUCUGAAGGUCUUAAAAGGAUGUUGUUCAGAGCCAGAUUAUCCUUCAGUGAAAAGACGCAACGGGAAAACAUGCAAGCACGAAGAUCCUGACUUCGAACAGCUGAGCGAAGAUAAUCACUUUUUCAUCAUGCAUAGUGAAGGAGAGUCAGUGAAAUUCCAGUGCUAUGAAGACACAAAUUACUUUCUGCAUGUGAAUGAUGACUCACUUGAUAUACGCAAGCCAGAUCACAAAGACCCCAAUGGAGAGAAAAAUUUUUUCUUCAGAGUGUCAUACUUAUAGAGAAAAUAUUUCUUCUACCCUUCAGUGGCCGAACUGUCCAUACAGCUCCUACAAUAAUUUAACAGGAAAGAAGAAAGGUUGAGACAAACUAAUUUCCAUUUUGCCUUAUUUUUCUCUUUUUUUUUUUUUCUUUUUUUGGGGGGAGGGGAUAUAAUUUCUUGAAUAAUCCUUCUGCAUGAGGGUACUAUAUUUCUGUACUUACAAUAGGAAGAGAGAAUGGCAAAGUCUGAAAAAUAUACUAAUUAGUCUCUUCAUAUCUUACCUGCAUAGUUACAGUUUUAGGGAGCUGAAUUCUCUCCGAAGGGGAAAAACCCACAGGGCAUAUCUCAAAGACAGGGGAAAAAGGAAUCAUCCACAUGGAAUACAAAGCCCACAGGCAUGAAAUACACGUGCAGCUAAUUUUCUAUAUUGUAAAAGUUUUACUUUUUAAAAGUGUACGUCUUUUAUGAGCUCACCUGAACUUGAAAAGAAAACACUUGGAAGUCAUUAAAUGCAUACAUACAUGUACUGACUGACUGACUGUGGGAAGGCAGUGAGGAAGGCAUCUCUCAUCUAAAGGAGAGCAAAGGAAGAGGUUAUGGUUUGGCAGGUGAUGUGUCUGCCUCUGCAGCUCACAGUAAGCCCACACUCCAUCCUGCAAUAUCAGCGUCUGAGAGCACGGAGCAUCAGAGUCAUGGUGUACUGAUGAAACUGACUGGGCAAAACAGAUGCCUGUGGACAGAGGUAGAGAGUUAUUCUGUCUGACAUAUUGAGCCCUAGGGGGAAAUGCCGUCAAGUUUUCAGCCGCAAAGCAGAGUGCAUAACAACAUCUGGAAAGUAAUUCUGUGUUCAGAAUGACUAAAUGAAAUAAUGGUAAUAAACCUCUGGGUGCUUACAUCAGGGACACCGGAGGAGCACUAAAGGGGUCUGUCAAUGUGAAAGGAAAGAUGUUAACACUUAAAGUUCAUACACUGUACUCUGCAAGGCACAGAACACCUAAGUACAAGAGGAAAUAAAGACAUAAUUAUGCACAGGAUUACUAGGUGUUAAAAAUGGGUAUUCCACUGCUGUACAUGUAGUCACACUGUGAUUUGGUGGCAUUUUUCUUUGAUGCACUGCAUCUGUGAUAGAUGCAUACUGUGAAUAUAUGUGUAUGAAUGAUAGGCACUAUGCACCUAUGCCAAGAAGUUGCAGUGGAACAGUGUACAAUCUACACAAUCCUACAAUUGCAGGAAUUGUUCUGUGUAACUAUAACAGGCAAUAAAUGUCUGAAAUAGGAAUCCUAAUGUCAGUCAAACAUUAAAGCAAGGCAAUUUUUUUUUGUUUUGUUUUUGUUUUUGUUAAUAGCAGUGCAGAACUUCAGUGCUGGACUCGUAUACUCAUAGUGAAAUAGUGAAAAUCCUUUUGCUGCUUCCAGUGCUGAUUGAACAAAAGAGAGCUUUUGAAUAUUCCUUAGAUAAUACUUAUGAUUUAUGAAUCUGUUAAGUGUUCACUGAAGUCAGCAGGUGGGAAACAAUGACAAAAAAAACACACACAGAUAUUGACUGCCAGAUAUUGACUGCAGCAUACAUUACACUAAAACUAAGCUAUUUUAGUAUGAUCUAUUACUUUAAGAAUAAAUUUUACUAUUUAUUACUAUAAGAAUUACUAUAAGAAUCAAUUGAACUGUCUAUCAGGUACAAUAAUUUCACUAGCUGAGACACUAACUGUUGGCAAUUAGUAAAUGGAUGAUUGUGAUUUCUCAAUUGCAGAACAUGACCUGCAGAUGUUACGCUGAUAAAACUACUACAACUCAUCAUAAAACAUGUACAAAGCAUGCUGAGCAAAUACAUUAUCAUUGCUGAUUUCAGCAAAAAAGCAAGUCUGAUCUCAGUGAACAUUGAAUCUAUUUUGGAGUUAACUAAAAUUAUGGUUAUAUGCAGAUUGUUGUACUUUACCAUCUACCUUAAAAGUAAGAACUUUUUAACAUUCUGAAGCCCUUGUGGAAAGUAGCAGUGGUAGCUUUGUAAAGUUUUAGAUUUGAGAUAUGUGAUAAAAAAGUCAUAUGAUUUUUUUUUCCGGAAAACAAUAAAUUCAGGCAGCUCUGUACCUAUAAAAGCAUACAGAAAAACAGAUUGAUAGGUUAUGGAUACUGCUCUUUUCUGGACUUCUCUUUUUUUGCACAUACAAAAAUCUGUAAACUGACAUUUUCAAAUUCCCACUAAUCUGAACGAGUGGCAGAUACACUUUUAUUUUGUGAAGUGGAAAGCAUAUAUUAGUUUUAUUUUAAAAUAAAUAGGAAUCAAAAGCCGGUGAGUCUUUUUGAAAUAUAGCCACUUAACACUUUAUCGUAUGAAAAACAUUUAUCCAAGGUGUCUAACAGUUGAAUAUGAAAUAUAAUUUUGUAGUUUAUUUUCAAAACAGUACUGAUAUUCUUAAAUUUUGCUUUGCAGAUAUGAUAAAUAUUACAAUAUUAACAUAUAUAUAUAUAUAUAUAUAUAUAUAUAUAUAUAUAUCCUGCUCUUCAAAAGCUGUUCUCUAAAUAAAAUACUGCGUUCUAUUUGAUGGGGAACAAUUUAAUGCAAGUGUUCUUCAUAUGUAGUCUUAUGGACCUCUACUAUUUUGACAAUAUUUGCAACUUGUUAGAAUAAAACUUGUAAAAGAGCAUCACUAACCCUAAAGAAAGUGAUUCUUAUGCUAUAUAAUCUGAGAAAAUCUAGCCAAAUAAUGUACGCAAAAGAAGUGACCAUAUCUUCCCAGGAUCUAUUCGGUAGUUUUUUUUUCCAAAGAGCAGAGUUCUGUCAUCCUUGGAGGAAGGAAUGGUCAUUUACAGUGAAAAAAAGACUGAAGACUGGUAAAAGAGUCACUGCAUUAAAGUGUCUGUUUAGGAACAACUGUUUUAUAUUCUAGCAGGAGACUGAUACCCAACCUUGCUAGAUAUGAAGUGUAUGCCCAUCUAACGCUGUUACAUACCAACUUUGUUAUGGGUAACCAGAAGAACUAGAAAUCAAAAUUAGAAAUUGUUAGUCUAAUGAAUGCUUUUAGAGUUUAAACAAAAUAUAACAACCUAACUUGAAUGCAGCUACAAUAGUGCUAACACCUGUAAUUCAUUACCCAUUUUAUAUUAAAUGAAAUCUUUUAAAUAAUACGUUUCUAUUAAUUCUACUCUUUCUGUUAGUAAUACAAUAAACUGAUAGACAAAGAUUCUCUCACAACUCUUCUCUGAUGUAAAGUUCAUACCCCUCCAGUCAUUCCCUGUCUGAAGUCAUCCUUUUUCUUAGAUAAGAUGAUCUCAUAACAUUACCAUUACAAUAGGUAUAUCGGUAUAUAUACCAGAAUUCUCUACUUAUUAUGACAAAACACUAUUCUAUCUUCCAUAUUGUUUUCAGAUAUAUGUGGCAUUUAUUUUGAACUAUAAUGUGUGUAUUAAUAGAGAUAUUUUUUUAAAUGUCAAGUUGGUUUUGUUUCUAUUCGUCCAUAAUUUGUCGUACCGAAGGAAUCAUAGGCAGGCCAAAUUCCUGUCUUUUAAACGCUGAUCCUCAUAUUCUUUCGUUUAGGAACAGCCAUAGAUGAGCAGAUUCUCUAUUAGCUCCUUUCUUCAUUGUUUUCUGCCAAAUUUCAUGUGCUAAAUACAGCAGCUGUUAACAUGCCUAUGGGCUGUAAACUGUAAUUCAUUAUCCUCUAGCACCAUCUCGUGGACUUCAGGAAAGCAGAAGCAUACAUGUUAAAUUUUAUCACAGUAGCAAACAGAAAAAAAAAAAAAUCUCAGCAGCUGAAAACCAAAAACAUUCUUCCUUUCUUCAAAUAGUGUUAUUUAUUUCCUACUGAUAUAGGGCUUAAAUCUGUGUCUGGGAUGAUUGAAGAGGGCAGCCAAGCAGGUCAGGGGAAGGAAAUUUCCCUAUUUUGCAUUUGGAAGGUCACAUCUGGAGUACGCUGUUCAAUUUUGGGCUUCCCAGCACAAACUGGAAUAAAGAGAAGGGAAAAGCACUGUAUGCCUAAGGCAAGGGAGCAUUUGAGGAGGAGAGGCCUGGAGAUGAGAAGGUUAAGUCUUCACCUGGCUGAAUGGGAUUUUAGGGAAUAUAGAACCAAAAUUUCCACAGAGGUGUGCAAAUAAAGGACAAUAAGCAGGAAUCACAAGUUGUAGUAAAGGAAGUUUUGUGUAUCCGGAAUGAAAAAAAAUCUCAAGGAUAUGUAGGAUUUGGCGCAAGAUUUGUGAUUAUACAAUGCCCAUUGUUAGAUUUUGUCAAUACACCUUUAGAUAUAAGGAAGAAAAGAGAAAGGGACGAUAUCUUAAAAUCUCUGAAUCAGACUCCAGGCCCUUUCAUCAUAGCACCAAUACUUUCCGGAAAGAAUGCAAACCACAGUUCAAAGAAGUCAUAAAGGUAUGCUUAAACAUCUUAUUUUACUCUGAUACAGAACGCUGGACUCAGGUUAUUCUACAGUUCCACAGGGAGCUGCAAAUAAGAUCAAAUAACUGGAACAUUGGCCUGUGGUGUAUUUGUGAAAUGGCAGGUAUGUGCUCAGACAUGACAAAAACUAAAUCUAUUGCCUUUUGUUCACAGGCUUUAGCUCUGUAGAAGAUAUCAUGUUAACUCUCUAAGUGGCUUAUCAAAAUACGUUGUUUUUUUUUGUUGUUUUUUUUUUAGCUAUAGCUAGGCAAUGUUUGCUGAUGACUAAGCAUCACUAUCAAGCCUCAAAACUCUCUUGUGAGUUUGGAAACUUAUGAGUAGAGAGAUUAAUCAUAGAAUCACAGAAGUUUUUUGUUUUUUUUAAGGGAUCAUCUAAUUCCAAAACCCCCUGCCAUGGGCAGGGACACCUCCCACCAGACCAGGUUGCCCAAAGCCCCAUCCAGCCUGGCCUUGAACACCUCCAGGGACAGUGCAUCCACAGCUUCUCUGGGCAGCCUGCUCCAGUGCCUCACCACCUUCUGAGUGAAGAAUUUCUUAUAACUGAACUGAAUCUACCCUCUUUCCCUUCAAAAUGAGUAUGCAUUGUCCUGUCACUACAUUCCUCAUCUUUCAUUUAGGCCUCUUUUAGGUAUUAAAAGGCCACUCUAAGGUCUCCCUGGAGUCUUCUCUUCUCCAGGCUGAACAACUCAAACUCCCUCAGUCUGUCUUCAUAGCAGAGAUUCUCCAAUCCCUUUAUCAUCUUUGUGAAACCUCCUCCAACUUGUUCUAGUAUUUCUAUGUCCUUCUUGUGCUGGGGGCCCCAGAGCUGAAUGCAGGAGUCUCACAAGAAGCAGAGUAGAGGGGGAGAAUUACCUCCCUGUCCCUGCAGGCCAGGCUGCUUUUGAUGCAGCCCAUAACAUGGUUACUGCCACCUCACUUUGAGCGUCUCAUCAACCAGUAUCAUCAAGCCCUUCUCUUCAAGACUGCUCUCUAUCCAUUCAUCAGCCUGUAUUCAUGUUUGGCAUUGCCCCAGCCCAGGUGCAGGGCCUUUGUACUUGGCCUUUCUGAACCUCACGAGAUAUGCACAGGCCCACCUCUCAGGCCUGUUCAGAUCUCUCUGGAUGCCAUCCCUUCCCUCCAGUGUGUCAACCACACCACACAGCUUGGUGUCAUCUGCAAAUUUGCUGUGCAUGCACUCAAUCCCACGGUCACCAUCCUUGUCACCAUCAAAGAUCUUAGAUAAUACUGAUUCCAAUAUUGGUAUAUUCAAUAUUUAAUCAUGUCAUACUGAGGUGUUUUUGCAGUGAAUUAUUUUCCAAAACCACAUUAUUGACAUGGUAGCAACCAGCUAUGCCUGUAAAGAACAUUUGACAAAAAGUCAAGAAGCAUUUCAACAUCUGGACAGUAUUUAUUCUUAUCAAUUAGCUAUCAUUUAAACAAGUCUGAUAGCAAACAGGGAUGAUUGCUCAAUGUUUGUUGAAUCCAGAGUUUACAAAAAACAGUGGAGCAGUUUGUGAAGGACUGUAUGCUGCAGGAGGGGAAUGAGCAUGACGAUGAAGGAACAGCACAAAGCAUUACGGACUGACUGCAAUGCCCAUUGCCCAUCCCCUGCACUGGGAGGUGGAGGUGAAAAAAUCAGGAGUAGAGUUGGGCCUUUGAAGAAGGUAGGGUUGGGGGAAAGGUGGUUUUAGUUUUGUAUUUAUUUCUCACUGUUCUACUUUGUUACUAAUUGGAAAUAAGUUAUUUAUGCUCCCCAAAUCAAGUCUGUUUUGGCUAUGACAGUAGCUGGUAAAUCAUCAGCCUGUCCUUAUGUGAGUCUUCUCUAUUUCUGUAUAUGAGAUGGCCUAAAGUUACACCAAGAGAGGUUUAGGUUGGAUAUUAGGAAAAAUGUCUUCACUGAAAGGGUUGUGAAGCAUUGGAACAGGCUGCCCAGGGAAGUAGUUGAGUCACCAUCCCUGGAGGUAUUCCAAAGACAUGUAGAUACGGUGCUUAGGGACACGUAGUGGUAGACUUGGCAGUGCUAGGUCAGUGAUUGGCCUUGAUGAUCUUAGAGGUCUUUCCAACCUAAAUGUCUCUACAUUGAUCUAUGAUAUUUUCUUCUUAUUUUCUCCCCCUAUCCUGUUGAGGAGGAGGAGUAAGAGAGCAGCUGGGUGGGCACCUGCUGGUCAGCAAAGGUUAACCCACUACAGAUACACAUCAUACUUCAAACAUGCAGACCAGGUGGAAAACCACUGUGCUUUUUCUACUCAUUCCAUAUCACAGAACCAUCAAUAAGCAAAAUGUUUGAAGGUGUGGUAUUGUAAAGAUUGAUGCAGCUUGCAUUGCUAUAGCCUGCAAUAGCACUUUGCCUUCCCAAAGUGCUUUAUAAUGUCAGAAUUACGUAAAAUAUUUACAUGCAGUAAAGGUGAAUGCAACUUUGAUUGUGUACGUUUUGAGCAGAGAAAUUUAGACAGAGCAAGGAUUUGCCAAAACCAAGUAAUUACAAAUGGCAUAGCCAGAACUCUAAAUCGUGUUUCCCAGCCCUAUACACAUCCCUUCAGUGUUGUGGUAAUGGCAGCUUUGUGGUAUGUCUGACAUCCAUGCACAUUAUCAUCACUAAAAAAUAUGAGAAUAAAGUAAGAUACCAACAUAUUUUCCAUACCUGCCAGAGUGUGAACACUUUAGAUAUGAACUGCAAAACAAAGCUAAGUGCCUUGCAAAUGUAUUAAUCAGGAUCGAGUUUGACCUUUUAGUAUUUACUGAUUUUUUCAAAACUGAAAUGAAUUUUUUUUUGUGUGUUUUUCCCUAAAUGAAAUGUAACAACUUGUGGAUAGGAAGCUUGAAAUUACUCUAACCUGAGUGCUUUUUGUAACUUAUUAUUAAUGGAUGAGAUGAUAUAGAGUGCUUAUGUGUAUGUGCGCGACAGAAAUCUAAAUAAAGAUUUUAUUAAGUUAA